CCUUGUUUCAGAAGCCGAAUAACGAACAGAAAUUCGCUUCUCUCUACCGUCGUCUUGUCCAUGGAAGCUCUUUCCGGCUCCGGUUUGCAAAUUCAGAGAUUGCCAGAGACUUCCUGGGGAAUUCAUUGUUCCAAAAUCAGCAGAAAACACCUCCCUUCGUUAAAAAUCAAUCCGAGUUCGGCCAAAACGCCGUCGUUGCGAUGUGCCUCUCGAGUCUCGGCGCUCGCCCGGGAAGUAUCAGACGACGGCAGCGGCGAAGAGGAUACCCGGAUGGAUAACGAUAAUGGUGUCUUGGGCUUUGUACCCGAAGAAUCUCUCCCUUUGUCUCAGUCCGUCAAUGGAUAUUUCAAAUGGAUUGUUCGGCUUUGUUGUGAUGGCCUCUCUCAUAUCCUGAAGGGUAAUAAUUUCGAUCUCAACCAAAGUAUCGAAAAGGAUAUAAAUUUGACGACACCCCCUCUUAUGGUCUCAUAUGGAAGCACAUCUGGCGGAGGUGGUACUAGAGCUGGGCUUUUCCGAACACCUAUAUCUGGAGGAGUACAAAGUGCAACCUCUGCCCACGGUUUACCUAGACCAGCAUUAGCAGUUCGGAAUUUAAUGGAGCAGGCUAGAUUUGCUCACCUGUGUACUGUGAUGUCUCGCAUGCAUCACCGCCGAGAAGGUUAUCCGUUUGGUUCACUCGUAGAUUUUGCACCAGAUUCAAUGGGACAUCCAAUAUUUUCAUUCUCCCCACUGGCUAUACACACUAGGAACUUACUAGCUAAUCCAAGAUGCACGCUAGUUGUACAGAUACCUGGAUGGAGUGGCUUAUCAAAUGCUCGUGUGACAAUAUUUGGCGAUGUCUACCCCCUCCCAGAAGACCAGCAGGAAUGGGCUCAUAAACAAUACAUAGCAAAACACCAACAAGGACCUUCUCAGCAGUGGGGGAAUUUCUAUUACUUCCGGAUGCAGAACAUAAGUGAUAUAUAUUUCAUUGGAGGCUUUGGAACUGUUGCAUGGGUUGAUGUUAAAGAGUAUGAAACCCUUCAACCCGAUAAGAUUGCUGUUGAUGGGGGCGAACAAAAUCUCAAGGAACUAAAUGCAAUAUUUUCAAAACCACUAAAAGAGCUUUUGUCAAAAGAAGCUGAGGUAGACGAUGCUGCUCUUAUAUCAAUAGACAGUAGGGGUAUCGAUAUUCGUGUCCGUCAAGGCGCCCAGUUUAAUGUUCAGAGAAUAUCAUUUGAAGAUGGACAUAGUGUAGAAACACUCGAGGAAGCGAAGAAAGCACUUUGGAGAGUGUUGGAUAAAGGUCGAAUACCCAAUCUGCAAAAGUAAUUGACAUAAUAUUAUGUGUUUGCUCUCUUCCAUCCCAUGUUGUUUGUCUUAGAAACUAAGCUGUAAUAUUUUCAAAGUGAGUGACUGACUGACUGUGUUUCUACUCUGUAGUAUUAUUAGUAGUGUCUUAAUAAUUUAUGACCCACCCAAGUCAGGAUAAUUUGAUUAUAAGCUUUGGCUGUGUUUGUCUGAUACUAGCUAUAUAACUCAUUUCUUUUGUACA